AUGGAUCUGCCUCCUGCACCGACUCCGCCCGUCUCUGGCGGCAUUGGGCCCAACUCGGAUCGCACCACCAGUCUGCUCAACCUGCUCAAGUUUAGUGGCCCUGGCACCUCGAGGGAGCCGCUGCAGCCGUCGACCCAGAGCCAUGACCAGAGCCAGGGUCAAGCCCAAGCUCAGGCUCACUCUCAGGCUCAGGCUCAGGGCCAACCCCAGGCUCCGCUGCCAUCUUCCUCGUCCCAGCAGGCCGAGUCGUCCUCCCAAUCCCACCCUCAACCUCAACCGUCGGCCCAGCAACAGCAGCAGCCCGAGCGGCAAGACGAUGAGGAAGACGACGACGAAGACGAAGACGACGAACAGUACCAGGGCCAUCAACAUCACCAGAUGCAGUCGCCGAACCAGUUCUCGACCCGCAUUCACCAGCCUGCCCCCACGGCAGCCGAUCCAUCUGGCCUGCUCGCCGCCCUUAUGAGAGGCGGCCACGAGAUUGAAGAGCCCAAACCAGCUGCGACGCCGCCGCAAACUCAGGCUCAGCCCGUCAAUCCGUUUGCACGCGACACGCCGCCUGCCGGCAGCACCUCAUAUCUACUCAAUCUGCUUAGGCCCAAGCCUUCCCAGACCGACCAGCCGCUGUUGAUUGAGGCUUCACGCUCUGCCGAGCACACUCCGCAAUCGCAGGAGCACCAUUCAGAGACCAGCAGCCCGGGCUCUAAUCCCUUUGGUGGCAGUGAGCGAAGUCCUCUGCAGAGCCCUCCCCAGCAGUUUCGGCACAGCCUUGACCGUGCUUCGUCACUCCAUUCUCAUCACUCGCACCACUCGCACCACUCUCAGCAUUCCCACCACUCCACUCAGCAGUCUCUGAAGCAGACUCCUCCAACUUCUGACUUUGGUAGCUUCGUCAACAUUGACAAGAACAGAGAGACUGUCUCCGAGGCUGUUCAUGACCUCGCUAGUCGGGCCGACCGCGACGCCCAGGACGCCCUGGAUAGAGCUGAGCGAGAGGCCAUGUCCAACUAUGCCGAGAGCGCCACUAUCAAGCCUCAUGACGAGAGUGAUUGGGAGCAUCUUUCAAAGGAUGUUCCGGAACCCAGAGACAUUGACAACCAUGGCAUCGCCGAUAGCUGGGACCAGGAAGGAAUUGUGGUCAUUGAGGAAAAGGAGCCGCCUCCUGUCAAGGUCUACAACUUCCCGAUGAAGCCCUGGAUCUCCAUCACGCUUCAAGAAGAUACGACCGAGCCUCGACCGCAGUUCCGAGAGGAGUCGAUCAUGGACGUUGCUCACCUCAAGAAGGACUUUGACCAGAUUGACCGUAACCUGUACACCGCUUCUCAGACGUACAUGACGCACGGCAUGUCCAAGCAGGGUGGCCUGCGUGUUAUUCGCCAGGACGACGGAAAGGACGCAAAGGUUUUUAGAGACACCAAGGACCGCAUCUUCAACGUCGCAAUGUCAGUCACCCCACACGACUACGAGGGUGUUUCCCGGGAAGCUAUCAUCGGUACCGGCAUCAGCGGUACUGUCUACUGGGUCCAGAUCAAGAACGGCGAGAAGGAUCACCUUGAGGAUCCUCAUCUGGAGCAGUACGGCUUCGCCCUGCCCCCGAUCAACUCCCAGGAAGGCGAUGCCCCUGGUGGUGCCCUCAAGACUCGCGCCCGUGCCUCCACCAACCACCCCGAGUUUUUCGCUGUCGGACGGGGCAAGUCUAUCCACUUCAUCUGGCCAUCCUUUAUCCUGCAAAACCAGCUGUUCAAGCCCGGACACGAUCGCGUUGCUGACACUGAAGCACUGCUGAGCCAAUGCUCCCUCAAGAUCAACACUGGCAAGGCUGGUAAGGACUUUACCUUUAGCCAGGACGACAGCGUCAUUGUCUCUCUGGAUAAGUCUGGCCGCGUCAAGUUCUGGGAUGUUCGUGACCUGACUGCCGUCAAGGAGGGCUCGGAUCCUCGCAACCCCGCGCCCGCCCACUCGUCCCUCGAGGUCAAUGAGCCUCUGAUGACCCUGGCCAGCACCCCUGAAGGCGAAAAGGCUUGGCCGACAUCCGUCCUGCUCCUCGACAAGCAGCGUCCUUACCAGAAACGGUGUGCGCUGCGAUACAUGAUUGUCGGCAUGAAACAGAACCACACCCUGCAGCUCUGGGAUCUCGCCCUGGGCAAGCCCGUCCAGGAGUUCAACCUCCCCCACAGCAAGGAGUCCGAUGCCGUCUGCAGUGUCAUGUAUCACCCGUCCAGUGGUAUGAUCAUCAUCGGCCACCCCACCCGAAACUCCGUCUACUUCGCCCACCUGUCGGCCCCCAAGUACAACCUCAAGAGCGUUUCUCAAGCCGAGUAUAUCCAGAAACUCGUUUCUCAGGACCCUUCGAUCCCCCAGCCUGAUAGUACCGCUGUCAUCAGCGGUGUCCGCGAGUACUCGUUUGAUAACCGCGGUAUCCUCCGCAGCUUGGACAUCCUUGCCAAUCCCGCCAUGGUCCAAGAUACUGAUGAGCCGACGCUGUUUGAGCUGUAUGCCAUGCACUCCAAGGGCGUUGCUUGCCUUAUGGUUAAGCAGGCUGAGCUGGGAUGGUCCAAGGACAACAAGGUGCUCGACCCUGUCGAUGCUGUCGAUGUGGGUGUUGUCUCGGUGUCUAAGUUGAAGACCCCCGUGCAAGUGGAUGUCACCAACGGUGCCUCAGAGCAUGCUGCCCUUCCCACCCCUGUUCGCAUUGCUACCCGCACCGUCACGAGGGACCUUGUUCCGCCGCAGUCUGCUCAAGUCGCCGCUGCUUCCUCUUCGGAAGCUGCUACUCCUCGGGGCAUCAUUGAGCAACAGACUGUUGCUACCCCGGCGAAGCCCAAGGGCGAGGCCAAGGAGGUUGAAACUCCCGGACAGUCAUCGAAAGAAAACCAUCCCGAGAAGCCCGAGCGCAAACAACGUAAGAAGAAGGGCAAGGAUGCCGAAUUCAACGCCAACGGAUCGGCGCCAUCGCAUAAGAGUGAGGCUGCCGCCAACAAGGGCGUCGUCGGCGGCCUUGCUGGCGCUGGUGGCCUCUCGUCUGAAGCAUUUGAUUCCACGAUUAGCAGUCUGGAGACCAGGCUCGGGGCUGUCAUGUCUGACACCUUCAAGUCUUCGAUGAGCAAUCUUCACAGCAAGAUCAACGACAGCGCCCGCGCUAGGGAUGACAACUUUAACCAGCACCAGCGGAAACUCCUCGACAUGGUUUCGGAUAUAUUGAACGAGAACACCCAGAAGGUGCUCGAGACAUUGAUCCACCAGCAGUUUACCGACGUGGUCAUUCCCACUAUCAGCGACAAGACCAGCCAGGCCGUCUCUGAUAUGGUUCAAAACAAGCUACAGGCCAACAUGGCAUCGUCUGUGCAAAAGGAGAUCCAGAGCGCCCUGCCCCAUGCUGUUAGCCGCUCGCUCCGGUCCAACGACUUCAUCAACGCGAUUUCUGAUAGAGUCAGCAACGUCGUUUCCACCAAUGUGCAGCAAGAGGUCUUGUCUACCUUGACUCAGCGACUGGCACCGACGUUCAACAACAUUGCUACACAGGCGGCUCAGCGCGUGGCUUCCGAUAUCCACAAGCAGUACCAUGACCAGUUUGAGCAGAUGAAGGCGCAGCACGCCGCGGACAACAACAAGAUCGACCAGCUCCUGUCCUACGUUACACGACUCACGGAUAUGGUAUCCACAAUGGCAGCCUCGCAGUCUUCGCUCCAGGCCGAGUUCAUCAAGUUCAAGCAGCAACCCGUUGAGCUUCCCGUGGUCGGUGCUGCCGGUGGCGUCAACAUCCCGCACCCCGCCAGCGUCGCACACAGCAUCGGAUCUCAUGGUUACGCUAACACUGUGGCCAGCCACCGCCCGAGCUUCCCGCCCAGCCAGCCGCCGAGCCAGGGCCCUAGCCACCCCCAGCAAUACGGCAGCCCUCAGUAUAUGCGCGGAUCUCAGCACGUGGCGAGCCCCCACGGCUCUGCUCCCCCUUCGGAGCACGUUGGACCUGUCAACAAUGUGUCUGCGCUUGCCGGUGCCUAUGCUAGCCAGAUGAACAAGACCGAGGCUGAGGCUGACAAUGACCUGUUGCAACGCAUCCGGGUGAUUGAGCAGGCCAUCUCUGAGAAUCGCUUGCAGGAUGCCAUGAUCCAGUGGAUCCAGAGCGGUCGUGAGACUGACAUUUUCCGCCGCUGCCUGAGCCGAUACCCUCCUGGCAAGUUUGACGGCCUCCAGCCGUUGAUGCUGCUCGUCGUGAUUGCCACAAUCUCCAAGGACCUGAAGCCGAACCCACGCUUGAAGGAGGAAGUUGAGUGGAUUGAGAUGGCUGUGAGGGCCUUUAGCGCCAGCUUGCCCAACUACAACUGGGAUGACGAUACUUCUCGUGAAGUCAUGAAGAGCACAUCACAGACGAUGCAGUUACUCAUUAACCGCGUGCAGCCCUUGAUUGCGGGUAUCCAGGAUGGCUUUCCCACAGAUCCCUUCCUGGCCAACCUUGAGAGAGGCAAGCUGGAGUGGAUUGUGCGAGCGUCUGAACACAUUCUGUCUACCUUU